AGAGUCUUGCCUAUGGAAACUGUCUUAGCUACCAAGGGUACCGGUGUUGUCACUUGUGUUCCAUCCGAUUCCCCAGAUGAUUUCGUUACUACUAGAGAUUUAGCCAACAAGCCAGAGUAUUACAAGAUUGAAAAAGACUGGGUCAAGACUGAUAUUGUUCCAAUUGUUCAAACUGAAAAGUAUGGUGACAAGUGUGCUGAAUUCUUGGUUAACGAGUUAAAGAUUCAAUCUCCAAAGGAUGCUGUUCAAUUAGCCCAAGCUAAGGAAUUGGCCUACAAGGAAGGUUUCUAUAACGGUACCAUGAUCAUUGGUAAAUAUGCCGGUGAAAAGGUUGAAGCUGCCAAGCCAAAGGUUAAGGCUGAUUUAAUUGCUUCUGGUGAAGCCUUUGUUUAUAAUGAACCAGAAGGACCAGUUAUGUCUAGAUCUGGAGAUGAUUGUGUUGUUUCCUUGGAAGAUCAAUGGUAUAUCGAUUACGGUGAAGAUGUUUGGAUGGGACAAGCUUUGGAAUGUCUCAAGGAUAUGGAAACUUUCUGUAAGGAAACCAGACACGGGUUUGAAGGUGUCUUGGCCUGGAUGAAGAACUGGGCUGUUGUUAGAAAGUUUGGUUUAGGUACCAAGUUACCAUGGGAUCAUGAAUUCUUGGUUGAAUCCUUGUCUGACUCUACAGUUUACAUGGCAUAUUAUACUAUUUCUAGAUUCUUACAUUCUGACUACUAUGGUAAGGUUCAAGGUAAGUUUGACAUUAAGCCAGAACAAUUAACGGAUGAAGUGUUUGAUUACAUCUUUACUCGUCGUGAUGAUGUUGACACUGACAUUCCAAAGGACCAAUUAAAGGCCAUGAGAAGAGAGUUUGAAUACUUCUAUCCAUUAGAUGUUAGAAUUUCUGGUAAGGAUUUGAUUCCAAACCAUUUGACCUUCUUUAUCUACACCCACGUUGCAUUGUUCCCUAAGAAGUUCUGGCCUCGUGGUGUUAGAGCCAAUGGGCACUUAAUGUUAAACAAUGCCAAGAUGUCCAAGUCCACUGGUAAUUUCAUGACCUUGGAACAAAUUGUCGAAAAGUUUGGUGCUGAUGCUUCCAGAAUUGCCAUGGCUGAUGCUGGUGAUACUGUCGAAGACGCCAACUUUGACGAAUCCAAUGCUAACGCUGCCAUUUUAAGAUUGACUACUUUGAAAGAAUGGUGUGAAGAAGCUGUUGCCAACAAGGACAAAUUGAGAACUGGCGCUCAAGACAACUUCUUCGAUCAAGCAUUUGAACAUGAAAUGAACCAAUUGGUUGAAGCUACUUACAAGCAAUACAGUUUAACCAACUACAAGGCUGCUUUAAAGACUGGGUUGUUUGAUUUCCAAACUGCUAGAGAUUAUUAUAGAGAUUCAGUUUCUUCUACUAUUGGUAUGCACCACGACUUGGUUUUGAAGUAUAUUGAAACCCAAGCAUUGAUGUUAGCACCAAUUGCUCCACAUUUUGCUGAAUACAUCUACAAGGAAGUUUUGGGUAACUCUGGAAGUGUACAAACUGCUUCAUUCCCAAGAGCGUCUAAGCCAGUUGACAAGGCUGUGAUUGAUGCCUUGCAAUAUGUCAAGGAUGUUUCCAGAUCUAUUCGUGAAUCUGAAGCCAAUGUGUUGAAGAAGAAGAAGGGUGGUAAGCCAUCGGAUGUUGAUGUCACCAAGCCUGGUAAGUUGACGUUGUUUAUCUCCAAUACAUUCCCCGAAUGGCAAGACAAGUACAUUGAUCUUGUUAAGGAGUUAUUUGAACAACAAACUUUGGACGACAAGAAGGUUAUUGCUACCAAGGUUGGUAAGGAUAUGAAGAGAGCUAUGCCUUUUAUUACUCUUAUCAAGCAAAGAUUAACCAAGGAAGAUCCAGCUACUGUGUUUAACCGUAAGUUGACUUUCAACGAGGUUGAUGUUCUUAAGGCUGUUAUCAAUAACAUUAAGAAGGCGCCAUACUCGAUCCAAGUUGCUGAAGUUGACCUCAUUGCCUUUGACAAUGGUGCCAAGACUGGAGUUAACAUUCUUAGUGGAGAAGAAGUUGAAAUUACCAUUACUGGUAAGAUUGUUGACUCUGCUGUCCCUGGUGAGCCGGGUAUUAUGAUCACCAAUAUUUAGUGUUGUUCUGUACGUAUUAUAAAUAGAAUUUUGAAACGUGAAAUUUGAAAUUUAAUAAGAUAUAUUGAUAAGUCGUCU